CCCAGAACAACUUCAACGGCUCGCUCCCCGCCGAUAUCCACCGCCUCUCGCCGCGCCUCGAGUAUCUCGACCUCGGAGCCACCGGAUUCUCCGGCGACAUCCCGGAGACGAUCGGACGCCUCUCGAGCCUCAAGGUCCUGAAUCUCUACCAGAGCGAGUACGACGGGACGUUCCCGCGGCAGAUCGGAGACUUAUCGGACCUCGAGGAGCUUCGUAUGGCGUACAACGAUAAGUUUCUCCCGGCGGAGAUCCCGGCGGAGUUCGGGAGGUUGAGGAAGCUGAGGUUCUUGUGGAUGGAGGAGAUGAAUCUGAUCGGGGAGAUCUCGACCGUUGGAUUUGAAAACAUGACGGAUCUCGUACACGUGGAUUUAUCUGUUAACAAACUAACGGGUCGGGUACCGGACGGGCUUUUCGGGUUGAGGAAUCUAACGGAUCUGUUUCUCUACGCGAAUGAGUUAACAGGUGAGAUCCCGAAAUCUAUCUCCGCGACGAACUUGGUAGAGCUUGAUCUCUCCGCUAACAACUUAACCGGUUCUAUACCGGAAUCAAUCGGUAAUCUGAAGAAAUUAGAGUAUCUAAACCUGUUUAAUAAUCACUUAACCGGAGUAAUCCCUUCGGUUAUCGCGAAAUUAACGAGAUUAAAGGAUUUAAAACUCUUCACUAAUAAAUUAACCGGAGAAAUACCGGUUGAUCUCGGUUUAAAUUCAAAUCUCGAGAGUUUCGAAGUAUCAGAAAAUCACUUAACCGGAAAGCUACCGGAGAAUCUCUGCAACGGAGGUCGUCUUCUCGGCGUUGUUGUGUACUCAAACAAACUCACCGGAGCAGUUCCAGAGUCUCUCGGAGACUGUAACACUCUCCUCACUGUUCAGCUACAGAACAAUAACUUCUCCGGCGAGUUUCCUCCCCGGAUCUGGAGUCUUCCACAUAUGUACAGCGUACAGGUGAGUAACAACUCCUUCACCGGAACGUUACCGGAGAGAGUGGCGUGGAAUCUUUCUAGGAUUGAGAUAGAUAACAAUGAGUUUUCAGGUGAGAUUCCGAGAACUAUCGGUUCUUGGUUUUCUUUAGCUGAGUUUAAAGCCGGAAACAAUGGCUUCUCCGGUGAGAUUCCGACGGAAUUAACAUCUCUUGAUAAUCUCAUAUCGAUCUUUCUUGAUGAGAACAGUCUCUCCGGUGAGUUACCGGAUCCGAUCAUCUCGUGGAAGUCGUUGACGACGAUAAACUUAUCCAAGAACAAACUCUCCGGGAAGAUUCCGAAAGGUUUAGGAUCGUUGCCGCAUUUGCUGAAUCUUGAUUUAUCGGAGAAUGGAUUCUCCGGCGUGAUCCCGCCGGAGAUCGGGAACUUGAAGCUCACGACGCUUAACGUGUCGUCGAACAGGCUUACAGGAGAAGUCCCCGACCAGCUUGAUAAUCUUGCUUACGAGAGAAGUUUCUUUAACAACACAAACCUCUGUGCGGACAAGCCUGUUCUUAACUUGCCUGAUUGUCGGAAAGUGAGACAGGGAUCAAAAGGGUUGCCUGGAAACAUCUUCGCGAUGAUUCUGGUUAUUGCAAUUCUCCUCCUUGUCAUCACUCUGCUUGGAACGUUCUUUGUGGUUAGGGAUUACACAAGGAAACGAAGAAGGAGGAGAGGGUUAGAGACGUGGAAGCUAACUUCCUUCCACAGAGUAGAGUUUGUAGAUUCCGACAUCGUUUCAAACUUGAUGGAACAGAAUGUGAUCGGGAGUGGCGGGUCGGGCAAAAUCUACAAGAUCUUCAUAGAAAGCUCUGGAGAAUACGUAGCGGUGAAGAAGAUAUGGAACAAGAAGAAACUUGACAAGAACCUAGAGAAGGAGUUCUUAGCUGAAGUUGAGAUACUUGGAACGAUCAGGCACGCGAAUAUAGUGAAACUACUGUGUUGUAUUUCUCGAGAGGAUUCAAAGCUUCUUGUGUAUGAGUAUCUGGAGAAACGCAGCUUGGAUCAGUGGCUACAUGGUAAGAAGAAGAGAGGAACUGUAGAGGAUAAUAGUUUGAGCUGGGCGCAGAGGUUGAAUAUUGCGGUGGGAGCAGCUCAAGGGCUUUGCUAUAUGCAUCAUGAUUUUAAAUUCGAAUAUGCAUAUACAUCAAAAGUGGAUGAAAAGAUAGAUGUGUACAGCUUCGGGGUAGUUUUGCUAGAGUUAGUGACUGGAAGAGAAGGAAACAACGGAGACGAGCAUACAAACUUGGCUGAUUGGUCAUGGAGACAUUACCAAUCUGGUAAACCAAUCGAAGAGGCUUUCGAUGAGGACAUCAAAGAACCUUCCAACAUAGAGGAGAUGACAACAGUGUUCAAGCUAGGGCUAAUGUGUACUAACACACUGCCUGGUAACAGACCUACCAUGAAGGAAGUCUUGUAUAUGCUUCGCCAACAAGGACAUGGGGAGACAAAAAAGACUGCAACAGAGGCACAUGAGGCGCCUCUGCUAGUUAGUUUAUCUGGUCGGAGGACAAGUAAAAGGAUAGAAGAUGAAGAAAUAGGUUUUGUAUAA